CAUCAACAUACAAAAAGGUGUACAAAGAAAAGAAAUGUGAAAAAAAACACGAGGCCAACCUAUCUAACACUUUAAGAGGGAGUAUGCAGUCUUUAGUGCUAAAUCCACGUAUCUGUUUGCUAAACUUUAGAUGUAAACAUCACGAGUAUGCUGUUUGUAUUACAUUCAUGUUGUUUAUUUAUGCAAGAUAAUCUACCCAAAAUAGGCUAAAUCGAAGUUGAGCAUUUAAUCUGCAUAUGAAAAUGUCAUUUUCACCCUUUCAAACGAUUUGACCUUGAAAGUCUCGCCCGGAAUGAUGGCAUAUUUGUACCCGCUCCCAAUCAUAACGGGAUAUUCAUUAUGUGCCUCCCCUAGCGGAGACGAGGCGGAUUUACAAUGUCAAAUGAAAAAGCAGGGAUGAACGCCAUGUCUGAUCCCGCUGUUGAGGGCUAAAAAGAGCGAACACUUCAUCGAGGAUUCGAGUCGGUUCGCAUAAUCAGACUCGACCUCCGAGAUGUCGGAGAGCGCGGGGAUUCCUCAGGGCUCCCCGGCGGUGGGCGCGGCGGGCUCGGCAGGCUCAGCUCCGGCAGCGCCGGGAGUCGGCGGAACCGAAUGUUCAGGCGCCGCCGUCGGUUCUGCACGUAUCGCCGUGAAGAAGGCGCAGCUCCGCUCCUCCCCGCGCCCGAAGAAACUGGAGAAACUCGGCGUGUAUUCCUCAUGCAAGGCUGAAGGAGCUUGCAAAUGUAAUGGCUGGAAGAGUCAAAAUCCACCACCGACUCCGCCUCCUCCAACCCCACCCAGAGCAGAGCAGCCAAUAGCUGUUAACCUAAUGGAGCCCUGCAGAAGCUGUAGCCACGCCCUUGGUGACCAUGUUACACACCUGGAGAAUGUGUCGGAAGAAGAGAUGAACAGGCUGCUUGGAAUUGUACUGGAUGUGGAAUAUUUGUACACACGUGUCCAUAAAGAGGAGGAUCCUGACACUAAACAAGUUUACUUCUCUCUCUUUAAAUUGCUGAGGAAAUGCAUCCUGCAGAUGGGAAGGCCAGUGGUGGAGGCUCUGGAAAGUCCGCCUUUUGAAAAACCAAGCAUUGAACAGGGCGUGAAUAACUUUGUGCAUUACAAGUUUAGCCACCUACCAUCUAAGGAGAGGCAAACCAUCGUGGAGCUCGCGAAGAUGUUCCUCAACCAGAUCAACUACUGGCAGCUAGAGACGCCCUCACAACGGAGACAAAGAGUGCCGGAUGAUGAUGUAGCUGGUUAUAAAGUCAAUUACACAAGGUGGCUGUGUUAUUGUAAUGUGCCCCAGUUUUGUGACAGUCUUCCUCGCUACGAGGCCACGCAGACAUUCGGACGCACUUUUCUCCGCACCGUAUUCACUAUUAUGAGGAAACAGCUGCUGGAACAGGCCAGGCAGGAGAAAGACAAACUGGCACCUGAGAAACGCACGCUCAUUCUCACACAUUUCCCCAAGUUUCUGUCUAUGCUGGAGGAGGAGGUGUAUAGUCACAAUUCACCCAUCUGGAGUGAAAACUUCAUGGCUGGUUUAUCAGGUGGACAGAUUCCCACAGUGAUCAGUGCUCCGCCUGUGACCCGCCCCCUGUUCUAUACCAGUAGUCCCGCCCCUGUAGAGCUGUCUGGAGGAGGCAGCGUAAGCCCGGCCCGGAAACCAGCAUCCGCUCUGGAGACCAAUCCAGGAUGUGUACAUACAGUAGGUGGAGAAAAACGAAAGCCUUCAGAGCCUUUAUCUCAUCACGAGGAUAGCAAACGACCACGUGUAGUCGGUGACAUUCCAAUGGAACUUAUUAAUGAAGUCAUGUCCACCAUCACAGACCCUACUGCCAUGCUGGGACCAGAGACCAGUCUCCUGUCAGCCCAUUCUGCACGUGAUGAAGCUGCUCGGUUAGAGGAGAGACGUGGCGUCAUCGAGUUCCAUGUCAUUGGAAACUCCCUCAACCAGAAGCCCAAUAAGAAAAUCCUCAUGUGGCUUGUUGGCCUGCAGAACGUCUUCUCUCACCAGCUUCCUCGCAUGCCUAAAGAAUACAUCACGCGCCUCGUCUUUGACCCGAAGCACAAGACUCUCUCUCUUAUUAAAGAUGGCCGUGUCAUCGGGGGAAUCUGCUUUCGCAUGUUUCCAACUCAGGGCUUCACUGAGAUCGUGUUCUGUGCCGUCACCUCCAACGAACAGGUCAAGGGUUAUGGAACUCACCUCAUGAAUCAUCUGAAGGAAUACCACAUCAAGCAUGAAAUGCUCAACUUUCUCACCUAUGCUGAUGAAUAUGCCAUUGGCUACUUCAAGAAACAGGGAUUCUCUAAGGAUAUUAAAGUGCCGAAGUCUAAGUACCUGGGCUACAUUAAAGACUAUGAGGGGGCUACGCUGAUGGGCUGUGAACUCAAUCCCUGCAUCCCUUACACUGAGUUCUCUGUCAUCAUAAAGAAACAGAAAGAGAUCAUUAAGAAGCUUAUAGAGCGCAAGCAAGCGCAGAUUCGUAAAGUUUACCCUGGCUUGUCCUGUUUCAAGGAAGGAGUUCGGCAGAUUGCCAUUGAGAGCAUUCCAGGAAUCCGUGAGACGGGCUGGAAACCUUUGGGGAAAAGCAAAGAGCUGAAGGAUCCAGAUCAGCUGUAUAGUACCUUAAAGAACAUUUUACAGCAGGUCAAGUCACACCAGAACGCAUGGCCCUUCAUGGAACCUGUAAAGAAGAAUGAGGCACCUGGUUAUUACCAAGUCAUCCGGUUCCCAAUGGAUCUAAAGACGAUGAGCGAGCGCCUAAAGAGUCGCUACUACACGAUGCGGAAACUGUUCAUGGCCGACAUGCAGCGGAUAUUCACUAACUGUCGCGAGUACAACCCUCCCGAAAGCGAGUACUACAAAUGUGCCAACCUACUGGAGAAAUUCUUUUACACCAAGAUCAAAGAGGCGGGCCUCGUUGACAAGUAGUCUUACUGGCAAGUA